AGUCGAGUUCCAUUCUUGCGCGCGAGCGGUCCUUUCGCGAUCCACGAUCCGCGGAAAAGCCCGGUCGCGGAUGCCAGUUUAUCCGCGGUCCUCCCGCAUCCGCGUCAGUGCCAUGAGUUUCUCCUUCUUCAAGUACGGAUUCCCGAGGUACCUCUUUUCCGCGUCCGGGUGAGUUCUCCCCCCUCGCUUCUUCCGUUUUCGACCCCCGGGAGUGGAUACGUUUCGGAGUGGAUUAUGAGCCGGGAAUUGGUGUUCGUCGAACUCAUCGCUCGAGUGUGAAAUUUGUGAAAAUUCAGUUCCGUGCGCGCCAUACGUGCUGUGUCCUCGCAAAUGUUCGGCUCUUCCGAGCUGGGAAUGCGCCUAUUCCACACCCCUUUGCGGCUGGUGCAAAUCCCGGACUCGUUUAUGAGAUGAUGCAAAAGUGAUUAAGUGGCCAAUUUUAUGUCUCGGUGAGUGCGAAAAACGGUGAGCCCGAGGUGCUUUCCAAAUGCGGGAGAUAAUCUUUCUGAUUUUAGUCUUCAUCCAGUACCGUACAAGAGCUGAUUAUACUCUCGAUGACACUUAUUGGAACGAAGAAAGCCCAAAGGGCGGCGAAGUUGAAAGACUGUUGCGUGAAUACUGGCAGAACCGUGAUUUGGUCCAAAGCAUUGGAGCUCACUUUUAUCAAAUUAUCUACCCUGUACAGCUUAGACACCACGAAAAAAUGGGAAUUUCUACCCGAGAGGUAGGGUCUCCCAAGUUCCCUCAGCGCAAUUUCGGUGGAUACGGAACCGACGGAGGGAACCAAGAAUACGCUGGCCGAGGAAAAUCUAGGACUGGCAAACAUUUUCAUAGAACUUCAUUACUCAUCAAAGCUUUUAACCACAAAUUUCGCCUUGAUUUAGAGCUUAACACGCAAUUACUAGCACCUAAUCUGAUGCAAAAGCACUUUUUGCCGAAAGGCGCAGAGCAAGUCUCUAAGCAGGAAAUCGAGCACUGCUAUUACCAUGGGACUGUGAAGGACUACCCAGGAUCCAGCGCCGCUUUUCACACCUGCAACGGAGUCUCGGGAGUCAUCCACGUCGGAAACGAGACUUUCGUCAUCCACCCUUUUUACGGCGGCGAUCUCUCGCAGCAUCCUCACGUCAUAUUUGAAGCGCAGAGCAAGGUGAAGAACAAGGGCUGCGGGAACACAGGGAACUGGGACAGGCAGAUGGGUAUCAAUCGAAGGCCCAAGCCAGCCAACGCGGAGCAAAGAUUUCGCCGCGACGUCCGGGAAACCAUCAAGUUCGUAGAGACAGCCAUCGUCAUCGAUAAAGCCAUGUUCGAGAGAAGGAAUGGGAGCACCAGAGCAGAAGUUGUCCAUGAUGCCAUUCAAGUUGCAAACAUCGCAGACCUAUACUUCCGAACUCUUAACACGCGGGUAUCAGUUGUUUACAUUGAAACAUGGCAAGCUGCCAAUCAGGUGCAAAUCAAUAAAAGUCAAGAUAUAUCGCGUGCUUUGGUCAAUUUUAAUGAAUACACAUCACGAUCCUUGUUUAAAGUAGAGAAGGAUACUACUCAGCUACUUACAGGAGAAAUUUUUACAACUGGAGAAGCUGGUAUGUCUGUACCUGACCAUGUUUGUACUGCAAAAGCAAUAGGUAUUAGUGUCGACAUUGAUACUUACGAGCCGCAUUUAUUAGCAGGUACAAUGGCUCAUAUGAUUGGUCACAAUUUAGGAAUGACGCAUGACGAUGGCCGUGAAAAUUGCUGUCGUGAUUGGCAUGGAUGCAUCAUGGCUCAAUCUAUAGUAGGUUUACACGAUGUACAGCCUUAUAAAUUUAGUGAAUGCUCCCUUGCAGACUAUGAAAACACACUGCACUCAGGGUCUGGAGUAUGCCUCUUAAAUAAACCUAACGAGUUUGCAUUCCCACGAUUAUGUGGUAACGGCAUUGUUGAAGAAGGUGAAGACUGUGAUUGCGGUGCGAUAGAAGAAUGUAGAAGCAAAGACCCUUGCUGUGAUCCUUUUACUUGUAAGCUAUCUACCGGAUCAAAAUGUGCCUCAGGUCCAUGCUGUCAAGCCUGCAAGCUUGUACAACGUGGCAGAAUUUGCAGGGAAUCAACAAACGAAUGUGAUUUGCCUGAAUUUUGUGAUGGCGAAAAUGGCCAGUGUCCUCCAGAUGUGUAUAAAAAGAAUGGUAACCCAUGUGCAAAUAACACUGGCUACUGCUUUAAUGGUAUCUGUCCCACCUUCAAAUUACAAUGUGAACAAAUUUGGGGUUACAAUGGAGCCCCUGGUGAAAAAGAGUGUUACGAACAAUUUAACUUGAAAGGAUCCAUUUGGGGUCAUUGUGGAGUGGAUAACAAUGGCAAUUACAUCAAGUGUGAUUUGGACAAUUUAUUUUGUGGUUCAUUACACUGCCAAGGUGGUACUCAGAUUCCUACGACUGCUAGUCAAAAUCAAAUUUACUCUCGAACAAUAAUCUCCAUCAUGGGAAAGAAGUUUGAGUGCAAAGCAACAAGUGGUCAGGAUCUAAAUGGUGAACUGCCAGAUAUGGGACUUGUCCGAGAUGGCACUCCUUGUGGUGAAAAUCUUAUUUGUGUUAAUCAAACGUGUUCAAACCUUUUUAUGCACAUUGACCAAACAAAAUGUCCUAGUAAUCAUGUAAAUAUGGAAUGUUCUGGUCAUGGUGUAUGUAAUAAUGAAAAUAAGUGCUUCUGUGAUAUUGACUGGUCAGGUCCAGACUGCUCCAUCCCAACUGAACAUGCUGAGGAUAUGGAAAAUUAUACUAGUACUGAGAAACCGCCUAACCUGAACAAAGGUCUCAUGAAUAAACAAGAAAUCAUUUAUGUCAACUCGCACAGUGCAAAUACUGUGUACCUUGUAGCAACGCUCAUGGCGGCCGUUGGGGGGGUAUUUAUUGUAUUCGCAAUGAUGGCACUUUGCUAUAGGUCAGUAGUCGUACACAAAAACUUCUCCCUCUGUCUAAGGAAGAGCACCAUGCCAAAAUAUGAUAAACCGUACGUGAAAAAGCCACUGCCCAAAAAAUACGCCAACAAAAUUGAUACUAUAGAAGAUGGUAGCGAAGACUCAGCCAAUAAAAUCUUACCAUUUGAGGGGACGCCUUGCUAUAGUCGCUGUGACUCACAACGAAGUUUGUAUCGUGGGAUGAAUCACAAUGCUGUUGGAAGCAGAAUGGCUUCUCCGUAUCAAGAACAUCAAAUGCAGAAAAUGAAAAGACUUGGUAUGAGUUCAGGGAGCGAUGAAGAUCCCAUCCACUCUGGGGAAGAGGAGUCGGUGGCGUUUAUCGAUAUACCCCCUAAUAACCUCUCCAAACUACCAGAGAAAGGAAUAUUGAAGAAGCCAUGCCCGUAUGGAACAACAGAACCUUGUCACAAAGAGAAAUGGUCAGAAAUGGACUCGCACUCAGACAAUCAAGAAACGUUGUCACAGUCAGACAAUAAUGUCGGAGCAGAUAUCAGAGGCACUGGUGCGGUACUAGAAGUCGAAAGGACUUUAAAAAGUCUGAAUGGAUAUCAUGAAGAUAUUCUAGAGGCGCUGAGAACAGCAGCCUCACAUCGAACUGGUCCUGCAUCAAGCACAGGGGCGAGUUCAAGUAGUGAAGACCUUCUUAGAAUGUCUAUCACAGCAGCUGUUGAAAAUAGUUAUAGGAGAUCUAGUAGUCAAGAUAAAUUAUGUGAUGGUGUUGGACAUGGCAGAAGUCCUCAAACACACACAGUAUUAGUAGAAGGAUCACCAACUGCACUAUUACGGCACCAUAGGAGGACAAGUCAUCGUAGUGAUGCAGAUGAUGAAGAUGAUGAUGUGCCUCCCUCUUGUGGUCCCAUAAGAAUACGUAACUUAGAAGAUUUAAUUCGACAGUUGGAGCAUCAUUCAGCAAGACAUAUGAGCCCCUCAGGUAGCGAAGAUAUUAGAAUGUCAGAAACUGAGGCUGACAGGCACUAUAGAUUAGAUAUGCAGAGUGGAAGGUGUAGAGGGCGAGAGGAAGAACCUAGAUUAGUUUGUGGUCGUUAUCGGCAUCCUAUUAGACGUGCAACCUCACCUUUCCAUCUUCAAGAAGAGGAUGGAAUUUAUGAAACAGCGGAUCAUCUUCCCUCCUCUCAUCCCGUAGUCGAUACCCUUGAUAGUGAAAGUGUUGACUUUAUUCAAGCUCAAGAAGUCUUAGUCCGAUCGGCUAGUGAAGAAGUCUUGCCUGGGGCAACGGAGGAGCCCGCUCCUCUGACGAAUGGAGAUCGAGGAUACUAUCCUUCUCCGCCUUCGAAUAGCAACACUGAUUCAUCCUCAGUCGGAUCUGGGGCAACUCCAACCGUCACCAUAGCGGCUCUAGAACACAGCAAUGGUUCGUCUAGAGAUACUAUCGAAUCGUCUGGUAACGAACAGUCAGCUCUAAUCCGGCCAGGAAAAAAGUAUCCAGAAUACAAACAUUGAUUGUAGGUUUGAAUUAUUAUUUUAACAAAUCAUUUGAGAUCUUCAGAGUUCGUAGAUUUUUCUUGUCAUCAAUUCAGUCAGUUUUGAAAAAGCAUAAAUUGAAAUACUUGUGAAGCAUAAGUCUUAUGAGAGUUGUAUUUAUACAGAGAUGUCGAAAUUUACAGGAUGACCUGGCACGGAACCUACUCAGAGAAGCAGUGCUACCAAGCAGUUAUGCUCGCAAUGUUCCCUUUUUGUUGUCCAGUUGCCUGAUUGUUUGAAGCACUGUGCUUCCUAGUAGGCUGUCGCUAUUUACUUUAUUAGGUGACUUUCCACUGCCAUGUAGAAGUUUGAAUUAUUCUAUUAUUUUCAUGAAGUUUUUGGAAUCAAAGACUUGGAGUCCACACUAUUUCUUGAGCUUUUUCUCAUUAAAGGUUCAAUGGACACAACGCCCGAAAAAUUUGCAUUCUCUGAGGUGAAGUGGCCAAAAAACUGAGUUCUUGAGAGAAAAGUAUAGGCAUAAUCUUUCACACUGUUACUCCUGUUGUAAUCAUUUUAUGUACAAGUUUCAAUUCUUAAUUUCAAGAAGUAGAUCCCGUGAUAUCGGGAGACUUACUUGUAUAACAAUAUGAGAUCUGAAAUCUUCUCUGGGCAGAUUGACGGGAGGCAAAGGGAAGUUGACAUGUACUGCCAACAGUUUUUUAUGGUGUUUAAGGGACUUCUCUCAAUUUACUCUGUCACAGCAUUAUUCAAUGAGUACCAGAAAUUCUGAUUAAUAUGUGGAUGAAUGUCUGGAAAUAUGAUGCAGCAAUCGAAUGCUUUGCCCCCCCCCCCAAAAAAAAAAAGAAACACCUACAAAGAUAAUAAAUAAAAUAUAAUAAAAUAAUAAUAAUAUAAUUUACUUUACUGUACUAAUAAAAUAAUAAAAUCUAAUGAUAUAAUUUCGAAAAAAAAUUCAAUUAAAGUUCUGCUUUAUAGGUAUUCUGUUAGGUAUGCGCAGUAGGAAAGGAGUAAAACUAUUUUCAUGGUACGGUCUUUUUUGAAACAAAACAUUUAAAACAUCUCAAAUACAAAUUUUUGGUCCUUGUGUCCACUGAUUUUUUUAUGAUUAAGCCCCUUAAAAUGAUUUUUCCAAUGAUUGUCUUAAUUGGCAGGACAGUGUCCCCCGUGAUCUCCUACUAAAAAUUAGAUCAUGAAGACCUUUAAAUUUUCUCGCUGAACAUACUUGCCAAGUUUCAAGGACAGAAUUAAUUUUCCACCUUGUUUUUCAAUAAAAUUUUGGCUUUAUCUGUGGUUGACUGUUACGUAGCAAAGGUCAAUUGCAAAAAUAAUGAAAAUAAUGUUGAAAUUCUCCAUUUGUGAUGACAAAAAUCUCUUACUCUGUAAAAUUCUCAAUGUCUUUCUAAAUGAAAUUUGUUACCUAGCUCAACUGUAUUUUCUUAAGAAAAUAGUGCCAUAUUUUUAUGCUACAUGUCUAAAUUUAUUUAUUAAGUGAAUGUAUGAUUGUUCUUUUUUCUUUCUAUUUUUGAUUAACUCGAUUAAUUUAUUUUCCUUUUACAAUGUUCCAUUCCCUCCCUUCUUUAUUUUCAUUUGCAGUUUUCAUAAAGAUUAAUAAUAAUAGAUGUCUUCAUUCCAGUGGCAUAGAUGUUUGACCUUUUGAGCAAAAUUUCUUUAGGUUUAUGUACUAGUCUAGAAUAUGGAGAAGGAAAAUAAAAUCCUGGGGUUAAACAUCAAAUCAUUCAACUUUUCAUUGGGAACUGAGAUUUUUAUGGAAGCUAAUUUUCAUAUGUAUGUUUACAAUCUUUUACUUUGGUUACUUAUUGAGAAACUUUGCGUCCAGGUUUCCCUCUGUAUUCUUUCAAACAGGGUAGUUUUACACUAGUUAUUGUCAAUCAAAAGGUCAAAAAUGUUUAGAAUUUAAGUACCUGAUUUCAAAUGUUAAUUAAUUAUCAAUGCUUUAAAACUAGGCUAUUUCACAUUAUUGAUGCAAUGAAUGAAUUUUUGAAAGUUUUGGAAACAACCGUGAGGCAUUUAUGCAUUUAGAAAGUGAAUCUCUUACAUUUGCCAAUCAGCACAUACAUACGUUCACACAGGCACCUUUAUGACACUGAAACUCUUUGUUGAUAAAAAUGCUCAGAAAUGUGCAUCCUUUCACCCAACAAUUCAGCAUGUAAGACACAUGAUGCUGCCGAGGUCCUUAAGGCAAUCUUUCACAUUAAGUAUGUAGUAUAAAAAUUGCAUCUUUGUUAAAAAAAUUUAAUUGUGUAAUAGGAAAAAUUUAGACUGUCAUCAAAGAUAUUUCAUUUAUGAAGUGUCCUAAAUUUGCCGCACUACAGGGCAAGCACUCUGUGUCAAGUCCCUAACCUAAAGUCGACAUGGCAAAGUCUUGAGGUUUGCUUAAGUUCUGGAGGAACCCUCAAUGCUACAUUCCUUGCACUCUCCAUUCUCAUUCUCUGCGCACUCAAUAAUUACAUUGAUUCUAAAAGUCGAAAUUGGAAGGAUUGAGACCAUUUCUCUUAGAGUAUUUUAAUAGUUUGAGUAUUGGCUCUUCCUUCAGAGAGGCUUUUAGACCCACAUCUGGUGGCAAUAUACGAUAUAUUAGAGGUUUUUUCAACCUUACUACGGACUUGGUCUACUAUUAGUGGUUGCCUCAAAUAUAAUGCCUGAGUUUGUUUGAUUAAUUAAAUAUCCCUCAGCUAUGCAGUUUAAGCAAAAUUUGUUGAUGAUGAAAGUUGAUCAAACCAAAAUUGCAGAUUAACUGAUGGAUUAGAAUGAUCUAACCCACAGAUGUUUAGAACAACAGCAAUUUUUAAGCUCCAAAAAUGCCCUAUGCCGGGAAUGGCCCAUCAAGUAGGGGCAAAUUACAAAUAAUUUGUGGAUUGUUCAAACUUGCCUUGUAGAGAUCUCUCAUUUCAAGGUGAUAACGGACAUUCAUUUUGUUUUGUUUUGAAUUCCAAAGGAUCCUUACUUAUGGGGUUAUGCUUCAACAUGAAGACUAAAGUAAGGUCAAGCAUAUUGUUUCAGCAUUAUCACUAUGCCUCAUCACAAGUUGAGUUUGCUAUAUAUGUUAUCUUUGAGAACAUCAUUGUUAUUGAUCAAUUUGACCAAUUUUUGAAAAAAAAAUUCUCUCAAGUUGAAUAAAAAAAUAAUAAACUUUUUAAUCCUUAAACCAGGUUGAUUUCUUUCCGGAGCAAACAGAAGGAAGAAGCUCCUUCACCUUACUGUAAGUGUACAUUCUGUUAUCAAAAAUGUUUUAAUUGUAUGAAUUAUUUAGCACUGUAUGUUCAGAGCAGCUGUACCAUGUAUCAGGCUGUCAGAAACAAGGUACCACGUCUGGUAUUGUUUUUCCAUUGAGUGCCAAAUUUUUCCUUUUUUAAUAUCAAAAAUUCUCAUUGCAAACGCAAAAAGAAAUGUAAAAUUGUACUACUUUGUAAAAACAUAUGGUAAUUAUUAAAAGUAAAAUUCUAAAGACUGUUAGAUAAGGAACCUAGCAAUUGUAUAUAAUAUUAAUUCAAUUGGUUAUAAAAUUAACUAUCGUUACUGGCCACACAGCAGGAAUAAGCUUAAAUGAAGGAAAUUGAAGGAAGUAAGUCUAUGCAAUUACUUACACUAAGGUGACUCGACCAGUGAAUAAGAGGUUUUUUCUAAAUUUUUGUUGCUCCUGCUUCUUUAACUGAUUCCUGCAGAAGUUUCAGAGAUGGCCUAGUUUAAAUUCUAUCCCUCAUUUAGCCUCAAUUUUGAUGCAUUACAACUGCAAUGUUGAAAUUAAGACUGCAUGGAAGACAAGUUAGAAUUAAGUACAAAUCGAUGAUGAAACUGCAAAAUUGAUUUAAUCGGUUGUGGUAGGUAUUUAAAAAUCUCCACUCUUAUUUAACUGACUCAGUGGAGACCCACCAACAUCAUGACUUGAAAUUCUAUCAGAAAAUUUUUCAUGUACAGAAGGAAAAUCACCGAAGUGUUCAAGUAUUGACGUUGAGUAGUUUUCCAUUCAAAAUGCAAAAGUAUGGCUGUAAGUCUGCAACACCACAAACCGAGUUUCUCGUUUUCUGCAGUUUGACCAUCAAUAUAUCUUAAUCUUGAUGAAACUUUGUAGGAAUUAGUUUUUGUCUACCUUAAAAAUUUAAAUGGUUUAAUUGCGUUUUUGGAGCAUUCAAAUUUAAAGCCACCUAUUACUAUUUUGCUAACACCUACUGUGUUCCAGGUAUUUUAAUUUAAAUUUUAAAGUUGAAAUACACAGUUUGGCUGUAAUGUUCUAAUGAGCUUUCACCCUUUUUUCAGAGCACUAAAACAUAAGUAAACACGAGAUAAACUGCUACUAAAUAUCGGAAAACUUUUUGCAUAAAAAUAUCCACCCAUUAAUAUCGUUCAUUAUGUUGAAAUAUAUUCAGCUAAUGCUUCCCGAAGAUUUUAACUUCCCUCACAACAUAGUUUUUAUUCUUUUCAUUUGAAGAUAGAAGGAGGAAGGAACAUUUUAUUCAAGGAUGCCUUUUCAAAACCUUAGUGAAUCUAAAACCUUUUGAAUAAUCUUCAGACAUUCAUUGCCUCUGAACUAUCACACUCGGACAUUAAGGAAAUAUAUCUCUCGAAGCAUGUUGUAAAAUAUCUGUAGAAGAUGAGUUCUUGUGGCACACGAUUGAGUUGUAAUAUUAAAAAUGCAAGUAUGACUCCUAGAAGAGACCAGUAGUAGCAUCCAUUACGAUUUUAAUUGAGAAAAAGAGGAAGUUGCCUUCAAUUCAGUAACACUGAUUCAAAAAGGGGUAAAAUUUAAAUCAAUAAAUAAAUGAACAAACAAAAAAGCAAAACAAAAAGAAACAGUGCUCAAUUGAAGGAAAUUCCGUGGCAUAUCACUUACCUCCCCCCUGUCUCUUUUACUCCCUCCCCAACAAAUGAAUAAAUUCAUGGGAUAAUUAAUAUCAACUUUGAUUCUAAAGCACAAAGAACUGCCUUCAAUUUAAUAAUCGACUUUUCCUGGCUUUGAUUUCCACACAGAAUAGUGUAAACCCAAACCCAGCUUUAGUUUACCACCCUGUUACUCACAGUGUUCAGCAAAUUUCUAAUGUUUUUUUAUUCUCAAAUGUGUGCCUAUCUAACAUGCCCCUGAGCAAAAUUUCGAAUCAAGCAUUCAGAUAAAUUGUCAGAAAUGGGAGGGGAGGAGUACAGCGCAGGAAUUGACUUUAUAGGUCCAUGCUCUCCCUGUCUUGGAUUUGUUGAAUAAAUAUUCUACUCUGGUCGCAGCUGGGUUUAGAAUACUUGUGCAUUUUUUUAUGCUCCAUUUGUUGUUUGAUUUAAAACCUGCAUGAAAGGAUUCCAAGGAGAGUUUGUAAAGGAUUUUUCAAGUCCGAUGUGCAAUAUCUCAAUUCUGUAAUAUGUGCAAAAAUUGCUCAUUUCCCCUUUUUUCAAACGAAAGCUUUGGGCAGAGCAAGGAAACGUUUUUUAAGUCUGGUUUCAUUCCUUCCUCCUUUAAAAUGAAGUCUUGAGAUUUAGGCAUUGAAUGCUGAAAGAGCUCAAAAAGCUCCAGUUGAAAGUGCCUUUUUUGCUCAAGCCAUUCCAAUCAAUUUCUUACACCCAUCCUGUGUACAACUAUAAAAGAUUAUUCCCACUAGACCAGAUUGACUUCAAGAAAUUAUUGCCUUUGUUUAGGAUACUUUGCUUUUGCCAAGGAUUCCCUUGGCAAACAUAAAAGCAUCUUAACGGAUGUCUCAUCUUAUUCAAACAGCUUUUACAGUAUAGAUACGUAUUACUCAACCUUGAUUAAAUUGUGCAGAACCCGAAUUGAUGAAAAUAUGUAAGGAUAUGUUGCACAAAAUGAAGAGUCCAGAGUAAGAGCUUAAAGACCUCAUUAAAAUUCCUUCCACUAGAGGUUUCUUUCAAGCCUUCGCCUGAUGUCCCAAAAAUUUUCCAGGAAAAAAUCUCAAGAUUUUCCCAUCAUAGAGGGACCACACCUCUUCAGGAAUGCUUUGGUCAGUCAUGUCUUAAAUUGUUUUAAUUUCAUGAGAAUAUCAAGAAGUAUUUAGAAAUUCCGCCUAACAUGUGAUUAUGUCUUCUGAUCUGUUGCUACGCUUUAGAUGAGGGACCUACUCUCACUUUUUUACCUUAAAAAUAUGAAGGAGGUAAUCUUUUUGUCACCAUAAGCCUCAUCGGUUGAGUAUCCUCUUUGUUUAUCACUGGGAAUAGUUCUUGUCCUCUCUAUGGAUCAGGGUCCAUAGUUAUGUAUGAUGAAAAUUAAGGAAAGAUAACCAAAUUGAAUGCAAAAUUUUCACUGAGUGAAGCAAUUCUCUACUAAAUUUUGAGAUUUCCCAGAGUUUGAAACCACUCUUUUACGGCUUGGAUAAUGUAGGUAAUAAUUUAUCCCCUGAUGAUUCAUAAGCCUCAUUCAGAUGAUUUCCAAAGAAAAGUUCUCUGCGUAAAUGAUAUAUUUUUAAAAAGGGUCGAAAGUUUGCCCUAUCUGGAAGUCACCUAAUCAUAAAAAUUUAAUUUUCUUAAAAUGUAUGUAAAAAGGAAAAUUUAACUAUACAUUCUGUAAAAUACUGUUUUAUAAGCUUCAUGUAUUUACGUAUUGCAUCAUACACAAAUCUAUUUUUAAGAAUGCUCAAAAAUUUGUAAAAUUUAGGCAGUAGGAAUCAACGUAUGUACAUGAAUGUAAGAAGCAUAAUGUUUACCACCAUCUCAAGAACUUGUGUUACUCUUUUUUUGUUACUUCCUUAAUUUUGUUAUUUAUUGUUUUAAUAAAUCUUAACACAAUUUA